AUGGUUCAAUGCAACACCUUGGACCGGCUUUCAGCGCUGAACAGCAACACAGUGUCGGAUGCCUUGGAUUCCCUCGGCCUUAGUGGAGCAACGUAUGGCCUUCAACCAUUAUGGAAAUGCCCUCAGAUUGUCGGGCGCAUCAGCACAGUAAAAAUUGAGGUCGAUCCGUAUACCUCUGCUGCAAUCCAACCCUCUACCUCUGUCUUGGAUGAGGGAACAGGAGAUGAUCGCAUUCUUGUCGUCUCAGGCGGCAUCGACGGCGUCUCGUGCGGGAAAGAUAUCAUCGACAAUGCCUGGAAAUCGCAUUGCAUUCGAGGCGCCAUCAUCGACGGCAUAUGUCUUGACAACAAUGACGUACGCCGGGCUGAAUAUCCGGUUUAUGGUCGCGGUUUGGCCAGUGGGCACCAUAAAUCAGCGCAAGUUACUCUUGGAACACCAAUUCAGAUACGAGGCUUUGGGGUCCAUCAAGACGACUAUGUGAUUGCCGAUAGCUCCGGGGCGGUUUUUGUAUCCGCAGAGCAUAUUGAGAGGGUCUUGAAAGCUGGCGAGAAUAUCAAUCGUCGUCAAGCCUUGCUGGCUCAAGCUGUUCAAGACAGUCGCCCCGUGUCCGAGACUAUGAGUGAGCCACAUGUCGACGCUGUGCAAAACUACAACAACGUCAACGCCGAAGAUCAAGAAUUGGUAGCGCUGUUCGCCGGCUCGGAUACCCCUGCAGUCUCUGACGCGCUUGAUAGGCUUGAUAUACAAGGGCAAGCCCUGAAAAUCAUGCCUUUGACCAAUUACACAAAGGUCACUGUUGGACCAGCCUUUACUGUACGCUAUAUACCAGCUAGUAAUCCGCCAGGAGGGGUUGGUAAUUGGAUUGAUGACGUCGCCCCGGGCGAUAUGAUAGUCAUCGACAAUGGCGGCCGCACAGAUUGUACUAUCUGGGGCGAUCUUAUGACCCAGUACGCGGGCAUUCGAGGCAUCUCUGGAACUGUGAUUGAUGGCGUGUGCCGUGAUGUGAACCGUGCCCUUACUGAUGACUACCCCAUGUUUACAUCUGGCCGCUUUAUGAGGACUGCUAAGGAUAGAGUCCAGCUGGCAGGUGUUAACGAGUCUAUCGGGAUCGGAGGAGUACAUGUCAAGUCUCGAGAUAUCGUUGUAGCAGAUGCAAAUGGGGUGGUUUUUGUUCCGCGGGACCGAGCCCGCGAGGUGGCUAAACUUGCACAGUGGGUAGUGAAGUGCGAGGAAAGCAUCAGGGAAUUGAUUGCUGGCGGAGCUACCCUUGGCAAGGCGCGAGAGGAGCUUAAUUAUCACCAACUGCAGCGUAAAGCUUAG